UCCUAAAGUUUGAUGUUGCCCCUCCUGGUAGACCCAGAGGCACCACAGGUCUGUUUCAUUGAUUGAGGUCUUGGUGGCAGCAGGCUGAAGAAGUCAGUCCAAAGUUUUUCUCCCCAGCAGUUCUUGAAAACUCUUCAUGGUGGAUUCCAAGACAUUCCCAGACCUAUUGGGUGAUCCUAAUAUGAAGUCGAAGAGGAGUUUUAUCUUCUCUUUAAAUGAUCUUUUCUACAUUGUGUUGCUUCUGACUUCAGCCAGAAAGCUCUCCAGUUGGUUCUUUUUGUUUUGAAUGUCUCUCUGUGUUGUGGAUAACCGCCGCUAGGUGGCGUUAACGGCAAACCAGCGGGGGGAAGAAACACAUGGAGCGGAACCUUUGGUUUGCAUGCUUUCAGGAGGGGAAUUGUUUAUGUGCGCUCAAAGCACAAUGGAGGCGGCAAACAUGAUGUUUGUUUCCCCGGUGGAUAUGAUUGAAGUUAAACUUUCUAAAGCCGAGUUACUGAGAGGAAUCGUUACCGAGAAGCUGACCACGGCGGCGCAGGAGAUCUUCGCGGCGGUAGAGAGAACCGUAGCCGGAUAUGAGGAGGAGGCGGCGGGUCUGAGGCAGGAGAUCGACCGUCAGAGGAUCCAGCUGGAGGCUGUUCUUCAGCCCAGAGUCUCUGUCAGUAGGACCGAUCAACCUGUCAUUAAACAAGAGGAGGAGGAGGAACCACAGAUAACCACCCAAUCAGAUGUGGAGGACUCGGAGAGCUGGUAUGGCUUUGGCCUGGCUGAUGAAGAGGAGGAUCAUGAAGAGCCACAGGAGAGACCAGAGGUGUUUGAAAAGAAGGAGUCUUUGGAGGAGGCAGUGAAUAGCACCAGUCUAAAUGAGGAGGAGGAUCUGAGAGACCCAGAUAUCGAGCUAUCAGAAACAAGAACUCAAACUUUGAAGAGGAAGCUCAGUGAGACCAGCAGGCUCACAAAAAGCGAGGCUCUGGCAAAGAUUCAAGACGUGAGCGAGGGCGAGUCGGAUGGGGGUGAAAUUUCGGACAUCAGCGAUGUCGACUGGAGUGAAGAGGAGAGUUCCGACUCUGAGCCUGAAUCCCCAGGGACCAAAAACAAAAGGCUCGUGCCACCUGUUGGCGAUUCCAGUCAAGAUCCAAGCCUUGAGUACAGUAAAGAUGGGACUAUGUGGAAAGCCACAGAGCCUAUGGGACACUCGAGGGGACGGCAGGCCCAAAAUGUCCACACUGAAUCAGCAGGACCCACUGAUCACGCUAAGAGGAGUAUUUUAGAUCCUAUGAGCGCUUUCUUAUGUUUGCUGGACCUGAACAUACUGCAGCAUAUUCGGGACUGUACGGUGGAAGAGGCACACCGCGUUGAAGGAAACAUGUCCUGGGAUCUGUCCAUUGCUGAGCUGAAGGCCUUCAUUGCCCUUCUCUACGUGAGAGGAGCCUACAAUAAAAACAUAGACUUUGAGAGCUUGUGGUCUGAGGAAUGGGGGCUGGCUUUCUGCAGGACCACAAUGCCAAGGAACCACUUCAGAAAGAUAAUGCGAUAUUUGCGUUUUGACAAGAAGCAUGAGAGGCAGGCGCGGCUUUGCAAUGACAAAUUUGCACUGAUGUCCGAUGUUUGGGGCGGAUUUAUUAACAACUGUAUCGCCUGUUACAACCCGGGGGCGUGCAUCACUGUAGAUGAGCAGCUGUUUCCCACUAAGACAUGCUGCCGUUUUACCCAGUUCAAGGCCGGGAAGCCAGGUAAAAUUGGUAUUAAAUUCUGGCUCUCUGCAGACACAGAGACUAGAUAUCUUUUGAACGGCUUCCCAUACUUGGGCAAAGACCAGCAAGCACAAGGAAGUCUGGAAGAGAAUGUGGUGAUGAAGCUGGUGGAGCCAUACAUAGGAAAGGGAAGAAAUGUGACAACAAGCAGUUCUUUAACCACACUUUCUCUGGCCAAGAACCUGCUGCAGAAAAACACCAGCCUGGUUGGCAUCAUGAAAAAAACAAGACCAGAGCUUCCACCUUCAGUCCAACAGCACAGAGGGGAACUCUUCUCUACCAAGGUGCUCAAGCAUGAAGGAGCCACGCUCACUAUUUACCAGGCGAAGCCAAGAAAGGCCGUCACCGUCCUCAGCACCAUGCACCCAACGGUGUUUGUCGGGAGUAAAAAGAAGAAAAAUCCAGAAACGGUCAUCUACUGCAAUGUCACUAAGGUUGGAGUCGAUGUGCUGGACCAGAUGGCUCGUCUGUACACGGUAAAAGGACCGGCUCGAAGAUGGCCUCUCGCUGUGUUCUACAAUCUCCUGGACAUGGCUGCCAUAAACGCCCAUAUCUUAUACAAGGCGUGCACCUCUACCUACAUCCCUAGGAGAGCCUUCAUACUACAGUUAGCCAAGGAACUGCGUGACGAACACUGUUACAAGGCUAUCUUUACAUCGAUACCGCUGGAGCUACAGUCGCCACAAGACUCAGGGAAAAGAAAGCAGUGCCGGGUCAGAACCCACUGCAAACAAAAUAAGACUCUGGUGUCCUGCAGGGGCUGCAACCGACCCGUGUGUGGGAGGUGCACAUUAAGGGUCGAGACAUUUUGCAACUUGUGUGUUCAUCAGAUGUCAGGGUGCUCUUAAGGUUACUCAUGCUGCCUUCCCAGUUGUUUCUUCAUGAAUGUAUUUCUAACAUGAGCCCUGUUCUUUGGAUGUUAUUCAGUUUUUCCACUGAUCCUUUGUGAGCUCCACUGGCCCAUCAUUGCCGGGCUAUUUCUGAAUGGACAAAGGCUCCUGAUUCCCCCUUGCCCCCACCACUUCAUCCUGCCAUUUGGUUUUGUGUGUUAAUAUUUAUGGUUAGGGUUCUGAUUCUUGUUGAAUGGAGGGGCAGAAUCUGAAUUGAUGGGAAACCUCACAAAGCUUUGUAAAUCAGUGGCAAGAUUUCAAAAUGACAAUAACUUCAAUAUAAAAGUAUGCUUUUUCACUG